AUGAACGGAAACACACCUCCACCUCCUCCACCUCCUCCGGGAAAGAGGAAGGCUCCUCCGUUACCGGAGUCGAGUAAUAAGAGGCCACCUCCACCUCCUCCUGCUGAGAAGGUUGGUGGUAAUGGAGUCUCCAAAACUGCUCCACCGCCUCCACCCGGUAUGAAGAAUAAUGCCAAACGGAUUCCUCCACCUCCUCCAGGAAUGUCACGUGGAUCUGUUCCAGCACCUCCACCUCCAGGAUUGAAAGGACCUGCUUCGAAGCAGGGCAGAAAAGAGCUGCUUGAGCAGAAGAAGAGGAAAUGGAGACAGAUACAGAAAAGCAGAUACGUGGAACGGGCUGUGAGGAAAGGAACUUUUGUCCAUCCCACGAAGUCAGAAAUGCCCCCUGAGCAUCUACGGAAGAUUGUUGCUGAUCAGGGAGAUCUUUCGUCGAAGAGAUUCUCGACUGAUAAGAGGGCUGUUCUGGGGUCGUUGAAGUAUAUGCCACAUGCAUGUUUGAAACUCUUGGAGAAUAUGCCUCAGCCGUGGGAACAGACGAAGGAUGUUCGAGUAUUGUAUCAUAACUCUGGAGCCAUUACGUUUGUGAACGAAGUGCCCAGAGUAAUAGAACCUGUCUAUGUGGCCCAAUGGGCCAACACCUGGACCAUGAUGAGAAAGGAAAAGCGGGACAGAAAGCAUUUUAAGAGAAUGAGAUUUCCCGCUUUUGAUGAUGAAGAGCCUCCUUUGGAUUUUUCGGAAAAUAUCGAGGAUGUUGAGCCACUAGAACCUAUUCAGAUGGAUCUUGACGAAGUUGAAGAUGAGGCCGUUAAGGACUGGUUGUACGAUGAUCAUCCUUUGGUAGAUGAAAAGGAGUUCGUCAAUGGUCCUUCUUACAGAAAAUGGAAGCUCAAUCUUAAACAGAUGGCUGAUCUGUAUCGGUUGUCCACCCCUUUGGUAUCGGAUAUCGUGGACCCAAACUACUACUAUCUGUUCGAUAAGAAAUCUUUCCUGACAGCCAAGGCAUUGAAUGUUGCCCUUCCUGGAGGUCCUAAGUUUGAGCCUCUUUUCAAAGAUAUUGAUCCUGAAGACGAGGAUUUCAGUGAGUUCAAUGCCAUUGACAGAAUCAUCUACAGAGUUCCCAUAAGGACGGAGUACAGGGUUGCCUUCUCGCACCUUUACAACUCGAUUGCUAGGUCAGUUGAGUUGGCCUGGUACCAUGCACCUUCUGUCCUGUUCAUCAAGAGCGAUGAUCCGGAUCUUCCUGCUUUCUACUUCGAUCCCUCGUUUCACCCGAUCAUCCCAAUCGGUUCGAAGGCCAAAACCCGAGAAUUAGAUUUCGAGGAGGAUGUGUUUGAUGAAGAAACCGGCCAGGACCUGGAUGACUUCACUCUCCCUGAAGUCGUAUCUCCAUUACUGGAAGAUGAAGAGCUGGAAGACGAAGAAACUUAUGGCUCUAUUGCUCUUUGGUGGGCACCAUACCCUUUCAAUCGUCGCAGUGGCCGGGCAGUGAGAGCCCAGGAUGUCCCUUUGAUUAAGCACUGGUACUUGCAGCAUCCUCCUUCAGAAUAUCCUGUGAAGGUGAAAGUAUCCUACCAAAAGCUCAUGAAGAAUUACGUGCUCAAUGAGCUGCACGAUCAGCCACCAUCUGAGGGAGCCAAAGCGGACCUUCUCAAAGAGCUGAAGAACACAAAGUUCUUUCAAGAAACUACCAUUGACUGGGUUGAGGCUGGUCUUCAAGUUUGUCGGCAGGGGUUCAAUAUGCUGAAUUUGCUCAUCCAUAGAAAGGGUUUGACUUAUCUUCAUCUGGACUAUAACUUCAAUCUGAAGCCUACGAAAACACUCACCACCAAGGAGAGAAAGAAGUCCAGAUUUGGGCACGCAUUUCAUCUGAUGCGUGAGAUCUUGAAGAUUGUGAAGCUGGUUGUUGAUGCGCACGUGCAAUAUAGACUUGGUAAUCUGGAUGCCUACCAGCUUGCCGAUGGUCUGCACUACAUCUUCAACCAUCUAGGACAACUGACCGGAAUCUACCGUUACAAGUAUAAAGUGAUGCACCAGAUCAGACAGUGCAAAGACCUGAAGCAUGUCAUUUACUACAAGUUCAACAAGGUCAUAGGCAAAGGUCCCGGUUGUGGUUUCUGGCAACCGUCAUGGAGAGUUUGGUUGAACUUCAUGCGUGGUAACAUUCCUUUGCUUGAAAGAUGGCUCGGUAACUUGUUGGCUCGUCAAUUUGAGGGACGUCAUUCCAAAGAAGUUGCAAAAACUGUCACCAAACAGAGAGUGGAUUCAUACUACGAUUUGGAGCUGCGUGCUUCCGUGAUGCAUGACAUUCUGGACAUGAUUCCCGAGGGUAUCAAACAGAAUAAGUCCAAGACCAUAUUGCAACACUUGAGUGAGGCAUGGCGGUGUUGGAAAGCAAACAUUCCAUGGAAAGUCCCUGGGUUGCCUGAGCCAAUCGAGAAGAUCAUUGAAAGAUACGUCAAGGCAAAGGCAGACAGUUGGAUCUCCGUGGCUCAUUACAAUAGAGAACGUCUCAAGCGUGAUGUUACGGUGGACAAAAGUGUUGCCAGAAAGAAUCUGGGAAGACUUACACGUCUCUGGAUUAAAAACGAGCAGGAGCGUCAGCAAAACUUUCAAAAGGACGGGCCCUAUAUCUCUCCGAGAGAAGCUGUGACCAUAUUCACAAUGAUGGUUCACUGGCUCGAAAGCAGGAGGUUUGUGCCAAUCCCAUUUCCACCAGUUAACUACAAGCACGAUACAAAGAUACUCGUUUUGGCACUGGAAAACCUCAAGGAUGCGUACAGUGCAAAGGGCCGUCUGAACUCCAGCCAACGUGAAGAGCUGGCCUUGAUAGAGCAGGCUUAUGACAAUCCACAUGAAUGUUUGGCGAGAAUCAAGAAAUUUUUGCUCACACAACGUGUUUUCAAGGAAGUCAGUCUGGAAAUGAUGGACUAUUAUAGCCAUAUCGUUCCCGUGUAUGAGAUCGAUCCCCUGGAGAAGAUCACAGAUGCUUAUCUGGACCAGUAUCUUUGGUAUGAGAGUGAUAAACGUCAUCUGUUUCCCAACUGGGUCAAGCCAGGUGAUUCGGAAAUCCCUCCUCUGCUGGUGUACAAAUGGUGUCAAGGUAUGAGCAACUUGGAAGACGUGUGGGAUACCAGUGAAGGUCAGUGCGAUGUUUUGCUUCAAACCUCGUUGAACAAGGUAGCAGAGAAGGUUGACUUCACAUUACUCAACCGUCUCUUGAGACUGAUCAUGGACUCAAAUAUGGCCGACUAUAUCACUGCAAAGAACAACGUGAGCAUCACCUACAAAGACAUGAACCAUAUCAACCAGUAUGGGCUUAUCAGAGGUUUGCAGUUCUCUUCGUUUGUUCUACAGUAUUAUGGCUUAAUGCUGGAUCUGUUGAUUCUUGGUUUGGACCGAGCAACUGACCUUGCUGGUCCCCCUCAGAUGCCAAACGAUUUCAUGGAAUUCAGAGACCUUGAGACUCAAGUCAGAAGUCCUAUACGUCUUUACACUCGUUACAUCGACAAGAUCCACAUAUUUUUCAGGUUCUCUCACGAUGAGGCGGAAGAGCUUAUUCAGGAUUAUCUUUCUGAGAAUCCAGACCCCAACUUCGAGCAGAUUGUGGGCUACAAUAACCGUCGUUGCUGGCCCAGAGACUCGCGGAUGAAGCUCAUGCGUCAUGAUGUCCACUUGGGAAGAGCUGUCUUUUGGGAGAUCGAGGGAAGAAUCCCUCGUUCCCUUGCAACUCUUGAAUGGGAAGAGACUCUGGCUUCCGUUUACAGUAAGGACAAUCCGAACUUGCUAUUCACGAUGUGUGGUUUUGAGGUUCGCAUACUGCCAAAGUGCCGCAUGCACGAGGAUUCUUCUUCGAAAGAGGGAGUGUGGGAUCUGGUAGACGAGGCAUCAAAGGAGGUGCUUGCCAAGGCAUAUCUUCAAGUCACUGAAGAAGAAAUCCAGAGGUUCAAUAGCAGAAUCCGCCAAAUUUUGAUGUCCUCGGGCUCCACAACGUUCACCAAGGUUGCUAGUAAGUGGAACACUGCUCUGUUAUCUCUUUUUACCUAUUACCGUGAAGCUGCAGUGAAUACUGAAGCGCUAUUGGAUGCCCUGGUCAAAGCCGAAACCAGAGUACAGACGAGAGUCAAGCUGGGUCUUAACUCUAAGAUGCCUUCAAGGUUUCCUCCUGCUGUGUUCUAUACUCCUAAGGAGUUGGGAGGUCUUGGUAUGCUGAGUGCUUCCCAUAUUCUCAUACCUGCCUCUGAUUUAAGAUGGUCGCAGCAGACCGAUACCGGCAUCACGCAUUUCCGUUCUGGUAUGACCCAUGAUGACGACAAGUUGAUCCCCACGAUCUUCAGAUACAUCACCACCUGGGAAAAUGAGUUCUUGGACUCCCAGAGGGUCUGGGCUGAGUUCACAGAUAAACGUGCCGAGGCUGAGGAGCAAAGACGUCGCUUGACGUUUGAAGACCUCGAAGAAAGUUGGGAUCGAGGUUUGCCCAGAAUCAGUACUCUCUUCCAGAAAGAUCGCCAGACAUUGGCGUUGGACAAAGGUUACAGAAUCAGAAGAGAGUUCAAGCAGUUCUCCUUGCCCAGAUUCAAUCCUUUCUGGUGGGUGUCUGACCGUCACGAUGGUAAGCUGUGGAACCUCAAUGCGUACCGUACAGACGUGAUACAGGCUCUUGGUGGUAUUGAAACCAUCUUGGAGCACACCCUUUUCAAGGGCACGGGAUUCGAGUCCUGGGAAGGUCUGUUCUGGGAGAAGGCUGCUGGCUUCGAAGACUCUUUGAAGAUGAAGAAACUAACAAAUGCCCAGAGAUCUGGUCUGAGUCAGAUUCCCAAUCGUCGUUUUACCCUGUGGUGGUCGCCUACUAUCAACCGUGCUAACGUAUACGUUGGUUUCCUGGUUCAACUUGAUCUUACAGGUAUCUUCCUGCACGGUAAGAUUCCAACUUUGAAGAUCUCACUAAUCCAGAUCUUUAGAGCCCAUUUGUGGCAGAAAAUCCACGAGAGUGUUGUCGUUGAUCUGUGUCAGGUGUUUGACUCUCAGCUUGAUGAGCUGCAAAUCGACAGUGUUGAGAAGGUUCAGAUUCAUCCGAGAAAGUCGUACAAGAUGAACUCUUCCUCGGCUGAUAUCACGCUAGGCAGUUCCUACAAAUGGAGCGUGUCUCGUCCCUCGCUUCUCCAUGAUUCGAACGAUAGAAUGGACGCGGCUUCGACAGACUCUUUCUGGUUGGACGUUCAAUUGCGCUACGGUGAUUAUGACUCUCACGACAUCUCUCGUUACGUUCGUGCAAAGUACUUGGAUUAUACGACGGAUAGUACCAGCACGUAUCCUUCUCCAACAGGUGUUAUGGUUGCAAUUGAUCUGGCGUACAAUAUGUAUGAUGCUUAUGGUAACUGGUUUCCUGGUCUGAAGCCUCUGAUGCAGAAUGCCAUGAAGACAAUCAUGAAAGCCAACCCUGCUCUGUAUGUGUUGAGAGAACGUAUCCGCAAAGGACUGCAGCUCUAUCAGGCCCAGCCUCAAGAGGCAUUCUUGAAUUCGGCAAACUAUGUUGAGCUUUUCAAUCAGGAGACAAAGCUUUUCGUGGAUGACAAAAACGUUUAUCGUGUUGUCUCGCACAGCACUUUCGAGGGUAACACUGCUGUAAAGGUGCUGAACGGUGCAUUGUUCAUUCUCAACCCUAGAAGUGGACAACUGUUCUUGAAGAUCAUUCACAGUUCUGUGUUCGCCGGUCAGAAGCGUAGGACGCAAUUGUCCAAGUGGAAGUCUGCAGAAGAAGUUGCGGCUUUGGUCCGUUCUCUUCCAAGAGAAGAGCAGCCUAGCCAAAUCAUCAUCACCAGAAAGGGUAUAAAGGAUCCUUUGGAAGUUCACAUGCUUGACUUUCCGAACAUAUCAAUCAGACCUUCUGAACUUCAUCUGCCGUUUGGUGCUGCUUUGAAAAUUGACAAACUGCUGGACAUUGUGUCUACAGCCAAGGAACCCCAGAUGGUAUUGUUCAACAUGUACGACGACUGGAUGAAGAGAUCCUCUCCAUACACUGCAUUCAACAGGCUGGUUGUUCUAAUGAGAGCCUUGGAUGUCAAUUCGGAAAAGACCAAGCUUAUUCUGCGCCCAGACUCUUCGAUUAUUACACAGGAACACCAUAUAUGGCCAACUCUCAGCGAGGACCAAUGGAGGGAGGUUGAGUCUCAACUGGGAGACUUAAUCUUGACUGACUAUUCAAAGAAGUACAAUGUCAACAUCUCAUCGCUUACUGAGAACGAGAUCAGAGAUAUCAUGCUUGGACAGGAUGUCAGAGCUCCCUCGGCCCGUCGCCAACAGCUUGCCGAAAUUGAAGGUCAGCCACAGGAUGCUUCUGCUCAGCUCACUGCCGUCAAAACCAAGACUCAAAAUGUCCACGGUGAGGAGAUCGUCACGGUCACUACUACUAACCAAGAACAAUCCAAGUUCUCUUCGAAGUCCGACUGGAGGGUCAGGGCCAUGGCCACUUCUUCGCUGUACUCACGCUCAAGUCGUGUAUAUGUAUCCUCCAAUGAUGUGGUUGACAACGCAGUGGUCCAUGUAAUUCCAAAGAAUUUGCUCACCAAGUUUACGCAAGUGGCAGAUUCGAGAACUCAGAUUGCAGGUUUCUUGUAUGGUCGCUCACCAGCUGAUAACCAACAAGUCAAGGAAGUCAGGUGUAUAGUGAUUGUGCCUCAGCUUGGCGAUGUCCAUAAAGUUUCCCUGCCACAUAAGCUUCCCGAUUCAAAGUAUUUGAAGGGAUUGGAGCCUUUGGGUUGGAUUCACACUUCGCCCGUGGAAUCGGCAGCUUCUGUAUCGGAGUCGACUGAGGCUGUGACUCUAGCAAAUCUGGUGGAAAACAACGAUUCUCUGAACUCAGGUUCCAUCAGCUUGAAUGUGGCUUUCACACCUGGCUCUAUAACUUUGUCGGCCAGUACAUUGACCGAAGAUGGUUUGAAAUGGGGUAUGGAAAAUUACACCAAGGUUGUCUCUGAGCUUGAAAUCCCAUCAUACAACUCCCAGCUGAAAAACCAAGCCACUGUGCUUCUCACAGACAGAGUCAAGGGCUUUUUCCUGGUACCAGAUACCGAUCUCUGGAAUUAUUCGUUCAUUCCAAACGCAUGGAACGAAGAAAUGGAAUACAGCCUGAAGCUGGACAACCCGCUUCCCUUCUACGAUGAGUUGCACCGUCCAAUUCACUUCAUGGCUUUCAACCAAAUUGAAGGAGAAGCCUUGGAGGCCGAUCAGGAUGAUCCCUUUGCCUAA